AUGCCCUACAACAUUGCUAUGGUUUGUGACUUCUUCUUUCCUCAACCAGGGGGAGUUGAAAGUCACAUAUACCAACUGUCAAGUAAACUGAUCGACCGCGGUCAUAAAGUCAUUAUCAUCACUCAUGCAUACAAAGGGCGAACCGGAGUUCGAUAUCUUACCAAUGGUCUCAAAGUGUACCACAUCCCCUUCUUCGUCAUUUAUCGCGAGUCGACGAUGCCGACAGUUUUCUCCUUCUUCCCCCUUUUCCGGAAUAUCGUGAUCCGUGAACAGAUACAAAUCGUUCAUGGCCACGGUAGUAUGAGUAGCUUAUGCCAUGAGGCCAUUCUACAUGCGAGGACGAUGGGUCUACGCACGGUCUUUACCGAUCACUCACUAUUUGGGUUUGCGGAUGCCGGCUCGAUUUUGGCGAACAAGAUGCUCAAAUUCACAUUGAGUGACGUUGACCAUGUCAUUUGCGUCAGUCAUACAUGCAAGGAAAAUACAGUGCUUCGAGCAUCGUUAGACCCUUUGAUGGUCUCGGUCAUCCCCAAUGCCGUAGUCGCAGAAAACUUCCGCCCCCUUUCUCACGACAUUCGCAAAGGCGAUCGAACGUCAGGAGAAAUCGAGCCGCGACCACCGCCUGCACCAAUUGGGCCGAACGAUACCAUCACUAUUGUAGUCAUCUCGCGUCUCUUCUACAACAAAGGGACGGAUCUCCUGAUUGCGGUUAUACCAAGGAUUCUGGCUUCCCAUCCGAACGUACGGUUCAUCGUCGCGGGCUCGGGACCGCAAGCCAUCGAUUUGGAGCAGAUGUUGGAACGUAACGUGCUACAGGACAAGGUUGAAUUGCUGGGAUCGAUUCGUCAUGAAGAAGUUCGGGAUGUCAUGGUCCGAGGCCACAUCUAUCUACAUCCGAGUCUGACGGAGGCAUUUGGUACGGUCAUCGUCGAAGCUGCUAGCUGUGGUCUUUAUGUGGUCUGUACUCGUGUUGGUGGCAUCCCAGAAGUGUUACCUCAGCACAUGACGACCUUUGCAAAGCCUGAAGAGGAUGAUCUAGUCCUGGCCACUGAAAAGGCGAUUGCCGCUUUGCGCUCGAACAAAGUGCGAACAGAUCGAUUCCAUGAUCAGGUCAAGAUGAUGUAUUCCUGGACGGAUGUGGCUCAACGAACAGAGCGUGUCUACAAAGGCAUCACUGGUGAUAUGAGCCCGGAGGAAUUUUACGGGUAUUAUCCCGGUCAAGGCUGGGAAGCCAACGCUGACAGGGUGCGGAGUUUCGCUUUGAUCGAUCGGCUAAAACGAUACUACGGGUGUGGUGUCUGGGCCGGCAAACUGUUUUGCCUUUGUGCAGUAAUAGAUUUCCUACUUUAUGUGUUUCUCGAGAUGUGGUUUCCGCGAUCGAACAUCGACAUAGCCCGCAGUUGGCCCAAAAAGCUCGGUCCAAAUGGCGAGAAGAGUCAACACCUCACCAACAGAGCUCGAACUAGCCAGGAGCGUGUUGCUCCAUGA